AUGGCUUGGAUAAAUUCCACCCCCGGCUCUGGUGGUCGCGCCGCAUCGCCAACUGUCUUUGAGCAACAACGCGAAGAAUUGGUUCGGGAGAUUGCCGUUGGCAUGGAACAAGUCCUCCAAAACAUCAACCGUCUAAACCGGAAUUUGGAGAGUAUCAUCACAGUGGGAAAUGAGUUCAGCUCUGUAGAAGCUCUCUGGUCCCAGUUUGAGAACUUCAUGGGUCGACCGGAGGAGGAACUCGAGGAGGCUGGCCAGGGGAAGCGGGCAGUUAGUGGAGAGAGCGAGGGACAGGGCAAUGCAGGAACACAGCAUGAAGGUGAAGGUGAUUCAAUGGCCAGCCAGUAG